AUGCAGCAGCAGAGCACACACCAAACCACCGGUUUAAAUGAGAGCCUGUCGCACUGGCUGCGCGGAACCUGGGGUCCAGAGCUGACUCCUAGCGUAGCUGACUCAUGGCAACUCGCUGCCUCGGAGCUGGGACGUUCUACGCUUCAGUUCAGACAAGAGCGUAUUGAUGAAGGGGUGGUUAUGAGAUCUCCCGGAGAUGCAAUCUAUCACCCGCGACUGCCCUGCCAAGUUGCUCAUACCACGUCACUUUGGCAGAUGCUUUGGCAGAUGCGGAGGGAAGCGUACGAAUUAACGCAGUGA